GAGGGUUAAGUUAACACGGAAGCCAAAACGCGUGCUGUGAAAAAUCCGAUAUUCCACCUCAGAACACACAGUGGAGGCAAAGAGAAGCCAUUUUCCGAUUGCCACGUCAUCUCCCCCUCUCUUAUAGUCUCUUCACAAAUCUUCGAUUCCACCAAAUCCUUCAUUCGACACCUUCCCCCGCCUCUCGCUGUGUCUCUCUCUCUCUCACACACACACACUCGCAGCGAAUCGCUGAAGUCUAGGGCACGAAUAUUCGCCAUUUGAUCUCGGAAAAGCCAUGAAUAUCUUUAGGUUCGCCGGCGAUAUGACGCACUUGGUCAGCAUCCUGGUCCUGCUUCUCAAAAUCUACACCACCAAGUCGUGCGCAGGGAUUUCGUUUAAGACUCAGUGGCUUUAUGCGGUGGUGUUUCUGGCACGGUACGUGGACGUGUUAACGGACUUUAUCUCCGUCUAUAACACAGUGAUGAAGCUCGUGUUCAUUGCGAGCUCUGCAAUGAUCGUUUGGUGGAUGCGGAUGGACCGGGUGGUGAGCCGUUCAUAUGAUAAACAGCUUGAUACAUUUCGCCACUAUUUUCUUGUUGCUGGGAGCUUGGCUUUGGCACUUCUUGUGAAUGAAAAGUUUACGUUUAAAGAGAUCCUCUGGGCAUUUUCAAUAUACUUGGAGGCAGUUGCGAUUCUUCCCCAGUUGGUUUUGCUACAACGAAGUGGAAACGUGGACAAUUUAACUGGGCAAUAUGUCUUCUUUCUUGGGGCAUAUCGCGCGUUCUACAUCCUUAACUGGAUAUACCGCUACUUCACAGAGGCGUACUUCAGUCGAUGGAUAGCUUGUGUCUCUGGUCUUGUUCAGACAGCUUUAUACGCAGAUUUCUUUUACUACUACUUUAUUAGCUGGAAAAACAAUGCAAAGCUUAAGUUGCCUGCUUAAACCAAGAAUGGACUUUUUAAAAUUUCAAGCUUGUUUAAUUGAAUCAUUGUUAGCGUUUGCACGGCACCGUUGGCAAAUCGAAGUGUAGGAUGAUAGCAGGAAGAAGGGAUACGGCUUUCAUAGUUUUGAAUUGUUAGAUGAUAACCCCACACCAGUGGGUGAAAAUGUAGCAGCUUUUGGGUUUAAACGCCCAUCUUUAUAGGCAAUUUGUAGAUCAGAUUAAGCCCUCCAUGUUUGUACGAGGUGCUAGUUUUUUUCUUGCCACUGCUUAUGACUUGUAAAAAGAUUUAUUGGGAGGACAAAAUUGCAGAGCAAGAAUUUUUUUAUUUUUUGUUCUUUUUGGGAUAACUUGCAGAGUAAGAGUUGGGUAAUAUUAUAGGUGGACGUUUGGUGGAGUUAUGGUUAAA